AUGCGUCAAGUGGACUUGCAAAAGAACGAUAAGUUGGAGAAAAGGGAUGAUAUCUCUAAUCUUAUCCUUCCUAUCAUUCGGGGCAAGGAUGACGAUGCAAACAUUGUUGAAGCUCCGAGUAAAAUACCUAAAGUACUCGAGCUAUUGCCAUCACCGACCCUGACUAUCGAGCCAACGCUACCGCCGCCGCCCCCUCCUCUCCCACAGAAAGGUUAUUCAGAGCUGACUUGGUGCACAGACCGUUUCGACAAGGCUGUCCUGAAGGCCAUCGAAAGGGAGCAAAUCUACAGGCACAUGGCACGGUUACGAAAGUACAUCGAAGGGAGUCUCUAUACCGCAGCUGGUAUCCCAGACAGCCACGUCUACUGGAAAGCACCUUACGCAAGACAUUUUACUUGCUGUGUCCGAGGUUGCCCACAACUUGGCAAGCAGUUCAGACGGGCGCGCCGUUUCUGGAAGCAUCUAAGAGAAAGUCUAUGGCACUGGAAACUCGUGUCUGAGCGGCCAAUAACGUACCUGAAUGAGCUCUACUUUUCUACAGAGGACCCCGUGAUCCUUCGCUUUGAUGCUCCGGCUGAGAAGGAACACGGCUGGGAUUUCCCCAUCCUCCACAGCGGCGGCCACUCUGGGGUUGACAUCGCCAUCUGA